AUGCAACACUGGCCUGCUGAGUCUUCAGAAACGCAACGCCAACAAGACAAUCCCCCGAUCUCCUCUCCUCCGAAUCAGCAUGGCUUUCGUCAUCGUCACCAGCCGACCGGCGUCGCUCCCCGCCGCGCCGACUCGGGCAGUGCUUCCCCGCGCUCUGUCCCGGACGGUGGCGGUAGUGACUCACUCGACGCCAUCAGUGCUGUCCAGCUCGACGAGAAGCUUCGCCGGUUGAGCUUCACCAACGGUCAUUCCGCUGAAGCUCAUCCUUCUGUCGCUGGUCAACGAGUGAUCGACUACGAGAAUGCCCUCACGCCCUCUACACCCCGCCAAGCCUUGGGCUUCAAGGUGAUCAAGCGAUACGAUGCUCGGCCCGACGGCGUUCAGCUCACAGACUUCCCUAAUGAAAUUUUGACGCACAUCCUCUCUCACUUACACCCCGAUUCCCACUCAGCUGUGGCGCUCGUGUCGAAACGCUUUUACGCUCUUGUCACAACCCCUCAUGCGUGGAGAAUGGCGUUCUUGCGAUUCUUCCCUGGCCACGAAGGUAUGCUUGUCAGGUCGGAGCAGACUCGCCUAGGUCCUCUUGAUCAGGACUUAUCUGAUUUCGUGCGGUCUGAGGCCCGCUACUUUGCGCGUCUGACACCUUUGGCAACUUGGAGAAGCGAAUACCUGUUACGAACGCGCCUCCUGAGAGGUCUUAUCAGGGGCAAGCCUGGAUCGGGCAUUGGCGCGUCCACUCGCAGCAGCAAAAAGUCGAGCGCCGUUCUGACCUACAACUCUAAGCUACCUUGGGUUGUAACGCAUAUCCACGCGGUUUUCUCUGCUGCCGCUGGGAAAAGGCCUCCCAUGGCUAUUCAUGGCGCGGCGGACCUAGGAGUUGGAACGUUAAGUGAUCCUACCAAUGGAAAAGUCGAGAAAUGGGGGUUCAAUGACCCCUUUUCUACACUCCAGCUGGAUGAAGUGUUUCCAAACCUCGAGCCUUACGGUUAUGGUGACGGCCCUGCUGCGUGCCCUAAUGUUAUGGACGUCAGUCUGCCUUACGGGCUUGUAUCUGGUGAAGGCUUUCCUGGAGGGCGCGCCUACUACCGACCGACGAACGAGCUGCGCGGCCGUUACCUCAGCAGCGACACUGGCGUGGUUGAUACGUACCCGGAUAUUCCAAAAAUUCCAGAACUAUCAGAAGCCAUUUCAAGCGUUUGGGUAGCCAAAUCGACCGCAGUACCCAACAUCACCCAUUCAGCGGUUGGUAUAAUGACGGGUUCGACGCUUGGAAUUGUGACGGCAUAUGCUCUGGGGGGAGAUGGCAGCGGUCCACGACAUGCUAGCGGUGAGAUGACGGCGCGCUGGGUGCUCAGUCCUGGCGUACCCAUUGUCUGUCUCAAAGUUGAUGACCAGUAUACCCAGAAGCGAAAAACCGCUCAGCGAGUUUGGGCCGUUGCUCUCAAUGCUCUGGGCGAGAUUUACUACCUUGUGGAUGCCCCCAAAACGACCAUUGAUCGAGCAAAGGGCGAGGACGUCACUAAAAAUGCCUGGUACGCUGGCCGAUCGGUCUACUGGCAACUCAUUGACCAAACCCGGCGUCAGGCUCGGUCUGAUGACUUGGAUAAGCAUGCGCUUCGAGGUGCAUACUCGCCUCGGUCUCCUGCGGAUGCUAUGAAGCUGAGCAAGGAACAACUUGUUGCAGAAGCCCGUGAGAUCGAGAAGUUCCUACGUUACAAGCCAUCACACUUCCGCAAGGUCUGUGACGGCUGGGAUAUGCGUAGACGACUUGAAGUCGACUUUGCGAAUGACGAUGACAACGGUGCUGGCGAGGUCAUUGUCUCUGUCCAGUGUGGCCUUGAUCAGGCCCAGAAAUCUCAGGUUACGCGUUUUGCUAGGGCCGUGGCCCAGGCGCCUCAGCCAAGUGUAGAGGACAAUUCAGCACCACAAGAAGACGUGACUCCUGCUCCGACGUCUCUAUUCGGAUACGGGAUUGACAGCCAGCCAGAACCCAAGGCCGUAUCUGCCGUCAAACUGGGUUACGGUGAUGUGACGCCGACCUCUUCAGGUUCGCUGACUCCCCCGGCAACACUCAGCUCUCUAGAUGAGUGGACUGUGGACACAAUGGCGCUUGGCCACCAUCACAAGUCGGAGAUCACUGCGUCUGCUGUGGACCUGUCAUCUCAUGCUCUUCUCACGCUCUAUGAAGAUCCCCUUCAUUUUGGCCACAAAUCUGCGGCUACUCCGACCAUGACCCCACGAACAGCCGAGUCCGUGGCUGAGAUUCCCGGUCGGAGGACUCGCAUGCUUGCUGUAGGCACCAAGAGCGGUGCUGUAGUAGUUUGGAACAUGCGCGAGCAACGUACCAAAACUGAAAUCCAGCCUAUUCGAUUGAUUCAAACUGAGUCACCGGAGAUUUCAUGCCUAGCAUUAACAGCUCUCUAUCUUGUUCACGGCGGAAGCGACGGUCUUGUCCAAGCUUGGGAUCCGCUCGCGUCAUCCCUUGACCCUCUCCGCACCCUCAACGCACGUUCGGCAGGUCGAGUACCUCGACACAUGGUGACGAUGAACCCUUCGCUCAACGCUGACACCUACGCGGCCGCGCGGGCUAUUCACCUCGACCCUGAUCCCACAGUCCUGCGUGGUGUUACAUCCUUUGGUGCCUUCCUCCGCUAUUGGGCGUACAGUGCGACCACUCAACCACCUGGUCGCAAACGCCGUCUCCGGCAUUCAGACAUUCACGGCCGUCUUGCAACGCGCCGCCAGGGUGGCAAGGUUUCUGGAUACAUCGCUGCCGAAACUGCAGAACUCCGCCGGGAGCAAGAGCAAAAAGCCCGUGAAGAUGCCUGGUUACGCAAUCGUUUCGGAGUUGGCGCCUAUGGCGACUUGACCGAAGAGGAAGCCAUUCAAUACGCCGAGAUGAUCUCGCAAGAGACUCUCCUACUAGAAGAGCAGCGCCGUGCCAGCGCUAGCGAUACCGGGUCAGCAUUUGAUGCCGGCCUAGACACCGCCUCGUCCUUCAGCGAGAGCACCGUCGAUACAGUCACGCCGGAGCCAAGUGUCAAUGGUUUCACGCCACCUCCUCCUGUAGUUGAGGAAGAGUACGAAUACGAGGUGCAGAUUCAGCAAGCACUUCGGCUCUCGCUCAUGGAGGCUUCCAACGACGCGGGACAAUCACCACAGGGGAACAGCUCUGGUGACUACGAGUUUGCCGUCAAAUACAAGCCCAAGGCUACGAAGAAAACGAAGCAGUCAUCAUCCACCUCGCCGUUUGCAAGUUACACGCCAACCGGAUCUAAUACUGCCUCCUCAAGCAGAGCCAUGCCAAGGGACGAUGACUUGGAGCUCGCAUUAGCCCUCAGUGCAGGAACAUCUAGCAGGCCAGUGCCGCAGGAAGACGACCUUGAGCUGGCAUUGAGGCUCAGCCUUCAAGAAGCUACUGCCAAUGGGCACCCGGACUUGGAGUUCGAGCAAGAGCAGGUUCACCAGGAAGAGUUUCCCAUGUUGGAAAGUAAGGGCAAAGGAAAGGGGAGGAUGUGA